GACAAAAGUUAUGACAAAGCAAGAGUGGAAAAACAAGACAGUUGUUACAGAGUUCAUCCUCCUGGGAUUUGGGAAUGGCCCUGGACUGGACUGUCUUCUCUUCCUGAUGUUUCUGUCAAUCUACAUUGUGACCAUAGCUGCAAACAUCUUCAUCAUUGUGCUGAUGGUGUCAAAUUGGCACCUUCGCACCCCAAUGUACUUCUUCCUGGGCAAUUUGGCUUGCUUGGAAAGCUGCUACAGCUCAAAUAUCUUGCCGAGGAUGUUGCUUAGCUAUCUGAGUGGAGACAAAAGUAUUUCGGUCAACGAAUGUUUUACGCAAUACUAUUUCUUUGGUUGCUUGGCGGCUGCAGAGUGCUAUCUCCUCGCAGUGAUGUCCUAUGAUAGGCACCUAGCGGUGUGCCACCCCCUACACUAUCCAUCCUGUAUGAACGGCAAGCUCUGUCUCCAGUUGGAAGCUGUAUCUUGGAUAAGUGGCUUUCUAUCUAAUUCUAUACUAACAUUACUGAUCUCAAAUUUAGAUUUCUGUGGACCUAAUGAAAUCGAACAUUUUUUCUGUGACUCAGUCCCAAUGAUAAAACUCUCCUGUAGUGACACUCAUGUGGUGGGACUUGUCACUUCUCUUGUGGCGGAUGUGUGCUCACUGCCUCCAUUUCUGUUGACCUUCUCAUCCUAUCUCUACAUCAUUGUCACAAUCAUGAGAAUUCCUUCUGCCACUGGAAGGAAAAAGACCUUUUCCACUUGUUCUUCGCAUCUUACUGUGGUGAUUCUUUUUUACUCGUCAAUAUUAACUGUCUAUGAACUUCCUCAUCAUGAUACCCAAAUCUCUCCAAACAAAGUCUUCUCGGUUUUUUAUACUAUUCUCACUCCCUUGGUCAAUCCUCUCUUCUACAGUCUGAGAAACAGAGAAGUAAAGGAAGCUCUGCAAAAACAGAUAGGUAAAUUGCUGGCUUUCAGAAGGCUGCUUUCUAGAAAGGUCAUCUCCUUUUCUGCCUGUGCCUACAACUUUGUCAUAUUCAGCACUUCUGAGUGUUUCCUCUUGGCUGCUAUGACAUAUGAUCGAUACAUGGCUAUAUACGGCAUAGUAAUGAACAGUAGAGUGUGUCUUCAUAUGGUCAUGGCAUGCUGGAUUGCUGCCAUUCCGCUUUCUGUAGGACUCACUGGUUGGCUAUUUAGCGACCCCUUUUGUGGCUCAAAGGAAAUUGAACACUUUUGUGAUAUCGCUCCCCUUCUGGAUCUGGUCUGUUCAGACACUUCCCUAUUUGAGCUUCUUGUGUUCAUUGCUACUGUUGUAAUUGUUUUGAUCCCAUUUACUGUGAUAGCAGCCUCUUACAUUCAGAUAAUCCAUAGCAUCCUCCAAAUGCCAUCUGCUGAAGGAAGACGCAAAGCUUUUUUCACCUGCUUUGCUCACUUCGUGGUGGUGACACUGUUCUACUGCACAACUGGACUGAUACAUUUAAAGCCAAAGUCCAGUCUCUUGGCAAACAGCAGGAAACUGGUGGCUCUUUCUUAUACAGUAGUGACUCCUAUGCUGAACCCAAUCAUCUACAGUUUAGGAAACAAAGAAGUAAGGCGUGGUCUGAGGAAGACAUUUGACAGAAGACGAUUCUUCAGCAAGGUUCUUGUGCCUAGAUAG